AGUAGACAGUAGACAGUAGAGAGAGAGGGUCGCGUUGCGUUGCGUGGCGUCCUCUUCCCUCCAGUCCCCGCCCCCGGUUUUGCCUUCCUCCCCUCCUGCCUGGGUUUGGUUUGGUUUGGCUUUGCUUCUUCCUCGCGCGGCGCCUCCCAUCCGCAUGGAUGAUGCCUUCUCCUUCUCCUUCUCCUUCUCCUUCUCCUUCUUGAUAUUUCCAUUUCCUCCCCAUUGUUCCCUCCUUCUGCCUCCUCCCUCCUCAAAUCUACACCUAUCCCCACCACCGCCCUAGCUUCUUCUCCUCUCCCGCAGCCGCCCGCAAGAUCGAUCUGUCACUCAUGCCCGUGCAGCUGGGAGGAGGGGGCAAGGUGGCGGAACCCAAGGACCUCGCCGCCACCGACAAGGACCGCCCCUCCUCCAAGAAGAACCGCCGCCGCCAAAAGAAGCCCGCAACUUCCGCCGCCAUCUCCCCGCCGGUCGCCGCCAUGCAGACCCUCUUCGACACCAGCAGGGAGGUCUUCCAGGAUUCUUUGCCGGGAUUCGUGCCGCCGCCCCAAGCCGUCGCCCGACUCGCCGCCCUACUCAAUGAUUUGAAACCACAUGAUGUUGGAAUUGAGCCGAGUAUGUCGUGUUUCAAGAAUGCCGAUUCUAAAGGGCCUCCUCGGGUGACUUAUCUACAUUUUUACGAUUGCCCCAAGUUUUCGUUUGGUAUCUUCUGUUUACCGAAGUCAGCUGUCAUUCCCCUCCACAAUCAUCCUGGGAUGACAGUAUUCUGCAAGAUACUGUUUGGCUCCAUGCACCUCAAGUCCUAUGACUGGGCUAAAAGUGCCCCAGAUAAUGAUAAUAAUGCACUUGAGACCUCAGAUGGAGCUCGUUUAGCAAAGGUAAAUACAGAUGCGGUUUUUGAUGCUUCAUCGGAGACCACAGUUCUAUACCCUGAAAAUGGAGGGAAUUUGCACUGUUUUACUGCAAGGACAGCUUGUGCUGUGCUUGACGUGAUGGGACCCCCGUACAACCGCGCGGAUGGAAGGGAUUGCUCAUAUUACGACGAAUCCCCAUACUUGAGUUCAUCUGGUGGAGAUGCACGGUACUCGUGGCUCAAAGAAAAUCAUAGUACGUUCGAGAUGAAAGGUGUACAGAUGCCACAAAGGUUUAUCGUUUAGAAAUGACAUACAGCAUCAUUUUGUGGCAACACCUGCAACCAUUUCCGCCGAAGAAUGGUCCUCCUCUAGCUUGCUGUAGAUACCUGUAACUGCAAAGACAGGCAGAUGGUACAAGGGAAGAUGUGGCCACUAAGCUCAGACUAGCAAACUCUUGAGUGACACAGACGUUACAUUUGUUUGGCUUCUUAUUUUGGUCAGGGUUGAAACAAUCUCUUGUGAUUUUCAGAUAACUCUGUUCCUCAUAUGUUAUCCUCGUCUGGCAGUGCAAAAUUGGGAUUGGGUGAUACAGUGAACAAGUGUUUUGUUUUUGGGCCAUGAUCAUCUUUUUUUGUUUCCCUGUAGAACUGUAUGCAGGCGUUUUUUGAAAGUGAUCAUGUACCGAAUUCAGAGUGUGGUUUGCUUGGUUUGUUGAACAGGGAAGCUAUUCCUUUUUGCCUCUUACUGUAGUAGACAAGAGGCAUAUACAUACAUAACAUAGCCUUUGUUUCUUGAGCAAAGAAAUUUGUGUCA